AAAACGAAACUAAACGAACGAGCGAACGAACGUCUCAAGCGUAGAACACCGGAAUAGUGGAAUUGUGCGCGCUUCUAGAAAUACAUAAUAAUUAAUAUUAAAUAUUAAAAAAAAUAAUAAUAAAAAAUAGUUAAGCAAACAACUAAAUUAAACGCGAAAGAAUUGUUUGCUAGCAAAUUAUAGUAUAGAAGAAGAAGAAGAAAAAAAAAGAAUAAGUGUUUAACAACAGCAGCAACAAGAGCUAUUGAAUAACGAAGAAAAAUAAGUUAAAAUUUCAAUAAAAAUAUUUUGAAAACAAAAACACGCAUACGAAAAAAUAUUGUCCAAACAAAACAAGCGCGCGAGUUCCAAGAAAAACGAGUUGAAGUCUAAGCGAGAAAAAUAAAGCAUCGAUCUAAGUGAAUUAUUAAAAAAAAAUAACGAAAAUACAAAAACAAAGGUAUUUUGAGCGAAAAUAUCUAGAAAAACGAAAACAAUUCGAAAAAAAGAGUUUUCUAGAUCUGAUAAUCAGAAAAAAAAAUAUAACGAAAAAAAACAACAACGAAAUAUACCAAAAAAAUAAAAUCCCCAACUGAUAAAAAAUAACACAAAACGAAACUUUAAGAAAAAAAUUUAUAUUAAAUGAUAAAAACACAGAUAUCUGUGAAUGAGACAGAAGACCUACCAACAAAAAAGACAUACCUUUAAGCAACGACGCAAGGGGUAACUCUGCUAAACUUAUUGUUAGAAAAAUAGAAAAAAUAGAAAUUAAAUCAAAAGCAAUAAAAAAUUAAGUGGUGAAAUCUUAUUCAUUGCAAAUUGAAAAAUCAAAGUGUGUUGCUUUCAAUAGCUAUCAUCAGUAUUUCAAUGAAAACGGGCAAGUUUUGAAAAUUUCCCCAAGAAGACGAAGGCAAAGUGUGCAGCUAUAACCCUUAAACUAAUAUUGUGAAGGGCGUACAAGGAUUUCAAAAACAAAAAGAAAACAGGUCGUUAAUAGCAGCAGCAGUAGUACAACGACACGUGUCGAAAAGAAAUCACGCUUACAUCACAUAACCUCAUCGUCGUCCACCUCCUCCUCCACCUCAACAGAAAUGAAAGCGGCAGCAUUGAAACGCGAUAUGAGUGAAUUCAAGAAUUCCAUGUCAGAGAUCAAUGAUUUGGCGCUAGGCCGUAAUGUAUCACCCGCCCUUACUGGUUCCACGGGAACCCUCAGUCAUCAUCAGCCACCCUCCAUUAACGAUCUCAGUAUAAACAGUUCAGAUGCCAUAAAUAAACUUAAGAAAAAAUUACGCUCCUCUUUGGAAAACAUAGUGGAUGGUAAUUCCGAACCCCAUAUCACAUUUCCCGACGACAGCGAUGAUAAUGAUAUGAAUUUAAAUAUGGAUUUAGUUAAGGCCUCCAAUCAAUUAUCCACAAAUGGUCUGAGUGGUUCCAAAGGCACUCUGGUCGAUACAGUGAAAUUCGAAGAGAAACGCACAAAAACAGAAUCGAAAACAAAAGUUAUCACCGAUGGCUUCAGUUCGGAACAGGCGACCAGUAAUUUGGCCGAAAGUAAACGCCUUCAAACCGGUGACAUUGACUAUCAACAGGCCAAGGCGGCGGCAGCGUCACGCAAUCGCAUGGAAAUGGAUGGUGUUAAAACAGAGGAAAAUGCCGCUGUAAUACAUGAAGCCCUCUCCUUGCGCUCCGGUGAUGUUACCCAAAAGGCCAGCAAUAAUGUUGCAGCCGCUAGUAUUAAAGUUCAAAGUGACACCUUCUCUGCCGACAAAAAAGCCAUCUCGCAAUCGCAACAAUCACAGACUAUGACCUCCAAUGGCAUUAUAAGCCAAGAGAAACACAUGUCAUCGGCUGCCCAGGCCAAUUAUACCAUGACGAGCAAAGGUGUCUCCAGUUCCGGUGGCAGCACCAUGAUCUCCUCCUCUUCCCAAAUGUCCACCACAAAUGGUAGCUUUUUCAAGUUGGCCGACUUUAAGCUGGACGAUUUGUCUUCGUUGACUGCGAAUAGUGGCCAAAAGGAAAUCGAACAGGCCAUAUCGAAAUACUCCAAUAUGUUGACAUCCUGCGUUAAUUCACUGCAAGAAAAGAAACCUCCCUCAGAUGAAACCUUAUUCUUGGAUAAAAUCAAUGAAGUCAUACGAAGAGCGUGGGCUGUGCCCACCCAUGGUCAUGAGUUGGGCUAUAGUCUGUGCAAUUCCUUGCGCAGCAGUGGUGGCCUGGAUCUACUAAUGCGCAAUUGUGUCACCAAUAAUAUGCAAAUCAAAUUCUCCUCGGCUAAACUUCUGGAGCAAUGCCUGACCACCGAGAAUCGCACUCACGUUGUGGACAAUGGCCUGGACAAAGUGGUCAAUGUAGCCUGCGUUUGCACCAAAAAUCAGAGUACCGAACACUCUCGAGUGGGUACUGGUAUUUUGGAGCAUCUCUUCAAACACUCCGAGGGUACGUGUUCGGAUGUCAUUAAACUGGGAGGCUUGGAUGCGGUGCUCUUCGAAUGUCGCACCAGUGAUGUGGAAACACUGAGACAUUGCGCCAGUGCCUUGGCCAAUCUGUCAUUGUAUGGUGGUGCGGAGAAUCAAGAGGCCAUGAUAUUGCGCAAGGUGCCCAUGUGGCUGUUCCCCUUGGCCUUCCACAAUGAUGACAACAUCAAGUAUUAUGCCUGCUUGGCCAUUGCUGUUCUAGUGGCCAACAAGGAGAUAGAGGCCGAGGUCUUAAAAUCCGGUUGUUUGGACUUGGUUGAGCCGUUCGUCACCACCCAUGAUCCCUCGGAGUUUGCCAAAUCCAAUUUGGCCCAUGCCCAUGGCCAAAGCAAGCACUGGCUGCAGCGUUUAGUUCCCGUUCUAAGUUCAAAUCGUGAAGAGGCCCGCAGUCUGGCAGCCUUCCAUUUCUGCAUGGAGGCUGGCAUUAAAAGAGAACAAGGCAAUACGGAAAUUUUCCGAGAAAUAGGAGCCAUUGAGGCUCUCAAGACUGUGGCCAGUUGCCCCAAUGCAAUUGCCUCCAAAUUUGCUGCUCAAGCCUUACGCCUGAUUGGAGAGACCGUGCCGCACAAACUGUCCCAGCAGGUGCCGCUGUGGUCGGUGGAAGAUGUACAGGAAUGGGUCAAACAAAUUGGCUUUGGGCAAUUUGAUCGACAAUUCGAGGAGUCCCAGGUUGAUGGAGAUCUUCUGCUAAAGCUAACCGAUAAAAAUCUGCGCGAUGACAUUGGCAUCAUGAAUGGCAUUCUGCUGAAGCGUUUCGAGCGCGAGCUGCAGAAUCUUAAACGCAUGGCCGACUACUCGUCCAAGGAUACGGCCAAGCUACACCAAUUUCUGGCCGAAAUUGGGCCAGAGUACUGCACCUACACCUACUCCAUGCUGAAUGCGGGCAUCGAUAAGAACUACCUGCCCCACCUGAAUGAGGAUAUGUUGAUACAAGAGUGCAACAUAACCAAUUCCAUACACAGACUGCGUAUCUUGAAUGCCGUCAAGAGCUUGGUGAACUCCAUGUCCAGUGCCUCGGAGGAUAGCAUGGCCAAGACAUUGGAUGUGUUUGUGAGUUAUAGGCGUUCAAAUGGUUCCCAAUUGGCCAGUUUGCUUAAGGUUCACUUGCAAUUGCGUGGCUUCUCCGUCUUCAUUGAUGUUGAACGUUUGGAGGCUGGCAAAUUUGACAAUGGUUUACUAAACAGUAUUCGUCAGGCGAAAAAUUUCGUUUUAGUAUUAACCCCCAAUGCUCUCGAACGAUGUGUCGAAGACAAUGACUGCAAAGAUUGGGUACACAGGGAAAUCGUAGCUGCCUUAAACUCAAAUUGCAAUAUCAUACCCAUCAUUGAUAACCAAUUCGUUUGGCCCGAAUCGGAAAGAUUACCCGAGGAUAUGCGCAGCGUUUGUCAUUUCAAUGGUGUCACAUGGAUACAUGACUACCAAGAUGCCUGCAUCGAUAAAUUAGAGAGAUUUAUGCGCGGCGAAAAGAUUGUCGACCGCAUAACCGCUAUGACACCGGGCACGCCCGGCUCGACGGUCUCGUACCAAAGAAUGCACAGCAAUGAUUCCGAUUACAGUGUGGGCGGCAGUAAUGCAGGCAGCAAUUGCGGCAGCGGCGGCGGCAAUGGUGGAUCAGCGAAUGGCGGCGGACAAGCAGCUAGUCACCAGGCAAAUAGAUAUCGGCAAUCCGCUUCCCCGGCCCGCCAGCGUUUGGGUCCAGGCGGCACCAGCGGCAGCAUGAUCAGCAGUACCGGCAAAUUGGGCAGCACUGGCAGUCAGCUAAGCGUUUUCGGUCGUGGUUCCAAGAGAAAUAUGCUGCCUCCCUUCAGGACGCAGCCCACAUCUGCCCACAAGGCAUUGGCCAUAGGGGGCUCCAUGCAAAAUGUCUCGCCUUUGGCCUACAAACCUCCAAGACGCAGUUCUGCAGUGGGCAUUUGUAAUGAUGGCGGUGAUAAUGAUAAGGCGGUGGCCGCCUCAAAUUUUAGAAGCCAUAGUGUAGAUGGUCUACUGGAUAGUGGCGGCAGUGAGAGUGGUGAACAGAAAAUAGCUGAGGCAGCAGCUUUAGUGUCGGCCGGUAGUUUGGCAUUGACAAAUGCCAGUUCCACCAGCACUCUACAGCCCAGCGAAGAUUUUAAUGGUUCACUCAACGAUGUGCUUAGUGCAGAAGUUGCGGUGCCGCGAAGAGAUAAAUCAGCCAAUUUGCCUCCCAUAAAUCCCCAACAUCGUAAAUCUCGCAGUCUGGAUCACUUUCUCGAUGAAAAGACUUUAGCCGCCAUUGUAGUGCCUCCCUCGCCCACCGAUGGCACUCAAAGCAUGGAAAAUCUUGCCACUAUGCACACACCAGAACCCAUGCGUUCUCCCAUUGCCUUGACGGUGAAUGGAGGAGCCAUUAGUGCUGGUGCUGGUGCUGGUCCUAUGCACAUGCGUUCAGCAUCCGUAAGAGAUUCCAAGUCUUUAACGCCAGAUCGUGUUACCACACUACGUCAAAGUCCCUCGAAUAGACAAAGUCCUGAAGGCUUGAGUUCAGCAGAAGAUGAAAAUGAGGAUACACAGAGUUUGGCAAGUGGACAAUCAGUAAAGGCUGGCCACCCAACGCCUGCAGUGGGAUCAGCAGCGAAACCCCCUCAAACGGCUCCCAAAAGUCAAACUAGAGCCGCAGCACAUGUGCAUAGAGGCAGCAGCAGUCGAGUUCCCAAAACCACAUCCACCAGUUCUCUGGGAGCAACCACAACAACAGGAGCGGCGGCGACGGCGACGACAACAGGAGCCAACAGCAAUCCGAACAAUAAAACCAUAUUCAACCGAACAAUCAAAAAAGUUCGUUCGCUCAUCAAAAAUAACGAUUUCUCUUCUAAUGAUGAAAUUCCUGAUAUACUCUUUGCCAAAGGUACAUCGCCCUCACCUGGACGUAUAUUAUUUUGGUAGUAAAAUUUUAACAUAUAUACCGGAGAACUGUUUUGAAAUCACAACGCAUGCACAAACGAAAAUUACCCACCUGUACAAAAACAAAAACAAAAAACACAUAAAAAUAAAACAAAAACCAAAACGUCGAAAACAAAAUCCCAACAAAUUUAGAGUAUUAUUAGAGUAACGAUAAAUGGAAUCUUAAAACAAAAAUUCUAUCACAACGAACAUUUUGAGAUCUUUUAAGCGAAUUCAUAGAAUUAAAUUUAAAUAAAUAAUAAAAACUGACGCAAAUAUUUACAAUUACGAUAGCAUAACAA